AUGAAAGUUCGUAUGCUUGUAGUACGAGAUGAUUGUUUUGGAGAUCCUGAUACAGCAAAAGGCUGUCUUGGAUCAGCCGGCGUAAUAUUAAUAGCAAAAAUAGCUGGUGCAAUGGCUGAAGCUAGCGAAAAUAUAGAUGAUAUUUACGGCUAUUGUCAAUCAGUAUCAGAUUAUUUACGCACUUGUAAUGCAGUGUUAAGAACUCCUUUGCCAGUGAACGAAUGUAAUUGUACAGAAGAUCGCUCUGGUUUACCAGUACGCGUUAUUUGUGAAUUAGGUAUUGGCUUACAAGGGGAAAUGCCUCAGCAAAAAUUAGAAAUACAGACUGCACAUGAAAUGGUAUCAGCCAUGUUAGACGUUAUUUUGAAAGUUUAUAUCCGGCCACAUGUAUCACCAGUGUCAACACCAAAUACUAUUCCAUUAAUUGUAAUGGUAAAUAAUUUAGGUUCAAUUACACCAAUUGAAGAGAAAAUUAUAACAAUGGAAGUAGUCAAGCAAUUACGUGAAAGAAAAUUUAUUGUACGAGAAAUUUACUGUGGUACUUUUAUAACAUCAUUAGAUAUGAAAGGAUUCUCGAUCACUAUUGGAAGUGUCCUGGAGGAUUCUUUAAUAAAUGCAUUGCAUGCACCAACUAAAGCGUACGCUUGGAAAAAUUGCAUACCACAAGAUUUAACGGACGACGCAAAAAAAUUAAAACUUCCAAUUAUGUAUGAAAAUGGAGAAAAUUUGAUUGUCACUCCUACCAAUUUUGGUGGAAGUUUCGUACUUAAAACAUCUCAUGCUUUACCAACAAUUAUUAAUUUUGCUUUGGACGCAGUGAUUUCAAGUGAAAAACAAUUAAAUAUCAUUGAUAGUAUCACGCGUGAUGGUGAUACAGGAAGUAAUUUUUUACCUUUUGCGCGAUACUUACAAUAUGAAAUAGCAAGUGGGAAGUUAGAAACACGACAACCCGGGAAAAUAUUAUGGUCAAUUGGAAAAAUAGCGGAAACACGAUUUCCUGGCACAUUAGGUGCUCUCUAUGCAGUAGGUUUUCAAGCAGCAGCUCAAGUAUUUCUAGAACAACCAUCUUCAGAACAUGUUACAAGCCGUAUUUGGAUGGAUGCCCUUCAAGCAGCAAUUAACACAAUUUUGAAGUAUGGCGAGGUGAAUAUUGGUGAUAAAACGUUUGUUGAUAGUUUAAAUGGGGCAUUAUUAUCUAUGCGAUCUUUAUCAGAACAAAUAUUAGAAACCAAUCCAUUGUUAGUGAUGUCGGCAGCCACUGAAGGAGCUGAACUCGCUACAGGUAACACUGUGCGCUGUCCAAAUGAGAAAAAACCAUUCAUAAAAUAUCCGGAUGCAGAAUUUAGUUACCUAUUCUCCAGUGCUAUGCAAGGUCACUAG